UCAGAGUUACUGCAGAGAAAAACACACAGACCUGAUCAGUGGAAUGAAGCAGCUACAGGAUGAAGAAGUGAAGAAAUUGAUGAACUCUACAAGUGAUUCCUCAUACAUUGGUCUGUUCAGAGACACCUGGAGGUGGUCAGAUGGAAGCAGUUUCUCUUUCAGACACUGGGAUAAAGAUUUUAACAAUCCAGAAACCAACAGUGGUCAAUGUGCCAUGACUAUGUUUGAUGAUGAAGGCAGAUGGACGAAUGUGAACUGUACUGAAAGAAAACCCUUCAUCUGUUAUGAUGAUAAAUUGAUCCUGAUCAAAGAGGCGAUGAACUGGGAGGACGCCUUGACCUACUGCAGAGGUCACCACCAUGACCUGGUCACCAUCACCAACAUGGAUGAACAGAAACAGAUCCAGGAGAAAGUCAAGGAGGCAUCGACUGAUUAUGUCUGGUUGGGUCUGCGGUUCAGCUGCCGUCUCAGUGUGUGGUUCUGGGUCUGUCCACCGACUGGUUAUGAGAACAAAACCUCAGCUGGACAGACGAGUGACUGUCACAUGUAUGGAGCCAUGGAAACGGGAGGAAAACAUAAGUGGUUCCAAAAAAAUGGCACAGAAAAGUUUAAUUUCAUCUGUUCUACUAAAUGA